AUGGCUGGUAUUUAUAACAGCGUUAAAACUUUUAUUACGACUCUUAAUCUUUUCGAAUCUUACCCUCGAUCGACUGAUACAUUCGAUAUUACGAAUGAACGCAUUUCUACCUGGAUAUUUCUUGUUCUUUAUACUCUGAGUAUUGCAGUUCUAGGCACUUACACUUCGGUGAUCAUUGUUGAAAAAAGUGAAAUUGUAGAAAGCCCAUGUCUAUCCAAAUAUCAAUCAUUACAGAGCAAAUAUGGCAACUCCUCUGUAACCUGUUUCUGCACAACAGUAUCAGUUCCUUACCAAACAUUUCUUAGGAUUGAGCCAAUUUUUCAUUCGUUGUGUUCUAGCCAGUUUGUAUCAUCAGAAUGGAUUGAUUAUCUGAUAAAUGCAUCACAAUUUUCGUCACCGAAACAUGAUUUUCGACAAAUUGGUCCACGUAUCUUUCAAUUUUUAUCGGGUUUUUGUCAACUAGCCAAAGAUGAAAUGACAAGUAAUUCUCUUCCCAAAUUUUAUUCACAAAAAUUCAUUUCAGCUUUGGUGGAAUCUGAAGAUGUUUUCAAAGUAAAGGCGUAUGAAAUGAUCAAUGCUUUUAAAUCAGCAGCAGCGAAAGAACUUGCCAGUACAUUCGAUAUAAUUCUUUUGACAACAAGCACAAAUAAAUUAAUAUCUAAUAUCUAUACUAGUGCCUACAGUAAACGACGUCGAGCAAAACAAAAACUAGUCCCAAUAGUACCAAUGGAAUAUUCAAAAAAUUGUUCAUGUCAUAUGUCAUACCAUUGUUCACAAAAUAUGACUCUCAAAAAUGGUUCUAAUGGCGAUGAAUUUCAAGUAACUGGUCUUCAAAUUGGCUGUUACGUCGUUCAAGCAUUAUUACAAUCAAAUCUUCAAUGUUUCUAUAAUUCAACAUGUAUCAAUCAAAUUCAAUCGAUAUUGAAUUAUUCUACAACUAUCAACAUUACUGCUUUAAAUCAUUCAUCUAGUUUUCAGUCUAAUUCAACUAUUCAACACUUAAUUGAACAGUCAAUGAUUGAUCAAUGGUUUGAAAAUGUUUCCUAUAAGUUUUAUUAUGAAAAAUGUCAACCAUCUCAUUGUAUUCUUACUUACAGUGGUCGAAAUGACCUUAUUUAUAUAGUGACAUAUCUUUUUGGUAUAAUUGGAGGUCUCGCAAUGGUAUUAAUGAUUAUCAUCCCACCAAUCGUCAAAUUUAUCAGACGGAAACAACGACCAGUAACAAAUGUUCAAAUUCACCAUGACACCAUUGCACGUGAUAUUAGUAUUGGUGAACGACUUGGUCAUCUAAAGAAGCAACUGAUCGAUGCAUUAAUAAAGUUUAAUAUUAUUCGGAGUUAUCCGCCAGCAGUUUCUCAGUAUGAUAUAACUUCUUUGGUGACUGUGACACGAUCUGUAAGAGUACUUUCACCAUCUCUUUCACUCUAUCUGAAAUUGUAUGAGAAGUAUCCAGAGACUUUAUCUUGUCCAUGUACAUCACUUUUGAUUAAUUAUGGUGAAUUUCUUUCUCUGAAUUUUGAAUUACAUCCAGUUUGUCGGAGUGAUUUUGUGUCUGAGAAAUGGACUAAUCCUUUAAUAAAUGUGUCUUCUGAAAUGAAUGAAGCCUAUCAAUACCUUCAAUCAUUUGCAUACUGGGGUCCACUCUUUUUUCGUUUAUUAUCCGAUUUAUGUCAAUUAUCAGAGAAAACGAUCUAUCACAAUUUAGCUUUGUUUAAUUCGACAUCAUUUAUAACGGUUUAUUUAUUACCAAACAACACAUUUUAUCGUUCCAGUGAAAUGUUUAUCGAUUUGUUUGAACAAAAUCUGAUUCAAUCGCUUAAUCAAUCAAUGUCAUUGAUUCGCAUAACAAGUCUAGGAAAUGGACAUGUAUCUCCUAUAGCAUUACGAGGUGGUAUUGUUCCAGUUGAAAAUCCAUCGUUUGAAGAUUAUAAUCAGUUGGUGGCUGAAUACGAUUCAGUUGAAUGUUCAUGUUCAAGUAUUUCUAUUCCAUAUGGACAAUUUAUUGAAAUCAACACUGAAUAUCAUCAGAUAUGUUACAGUGCUUUUGUCGAACAAAGAUGGAUAGAAUAUUUCUCUGAUGCAAUGUAUUGGGCGUGGUAUCUUCACCUUAAUGAACGUGUUCCAUAUAGAUCCAAUCUAGCUUUUCAUACAGCUGGUGGAAGGUCACUUGCUGUCUUUUCCGCAUUGUGUCAAUAUAUUAAUGAAACUAUAUGGAAUAGUCGGAAUAUAUUCUAUAAUUCAAGAUAUAUUUCCACGUUUAUAAUAAGUGAAAGAUUAUUUCGUUUGGAAAUCAAUGCGACAAUAGACCAGUUUAUUCAAGAUACACUCAAUUCGUUCGUCAAUACUCUCAAAUUGAUUGAGAUAAGUAGCAGAGCAAAUGCGUUGCAAACAGUUGAGAGAACUGAUUCAUAUGUGAUGUUUAUGGCUAAUCAUUUAGAAGGAACCUCUGUCUAUCAAACAUAUGGAAAUAAGAAUUGUUCAUGUGAAUAUCCAACAAGUGAUUGUUAUCAAGAAGCACAAUUUUUUCGUUAUCAUACGCGUAACUAUUCAACGACCUAUCAAUUUUCUUCGACUGGUUUCUAUACAGGAUGUUACAUUAUGGAAUCAUUGCGUCAUUCAACAUUAGAAUUCUUCUAUAAUCAAACGAAUGUCGAUAAGUUACCUGAUGCUAUAACUGUAGCAGGUUUUCCGCUUUACCCUGAUGAAGUAAAACAUUUGGCGAUUUUAAAUGUAUCAUUAAAUAAUCCAAAGGAGAUCGUUGGUCAAAUACUGGAUCGUAUGCUAGUAGAACGAUGGAAUCGAUCAGUCUCCUAUCAAUCAUAUUUUGAAGAGUGUAACUCUACCGAAUGUAGGUACACAACCAAUAAACGCAACGCACAUAUCUACGUCGUUACAACGAUCUUCGGAUUGAGCGGUGGUAUUCUUACUAUUUUGAGAAUGAUUAUUCCGUUUUUAGUCAGACUUAUUAGAAAUACAGUUCAGCCUUGGCUUAGACGAAUAUUCCGGAGAACUGUACAACCAAUUGACACAUAG